UGUCGGCCCAUGUAUGAAGAUGGGAAAGAUAGAUAAGCUUGAUCAGGCGUGCAACAAAGCAUUAGACGAAGAUGGCUAAAUCGGGCAUCACAUUUAUUGCGCGGCUCUGCGGUGUUCUUACACUGGGAAUUCCAGUUCUGCGGAGUUUUUCACGUUUCCUAACGACAUCAGGUGACGUCGAUGAUCUGCAACCGGGGGCCGCCAUCUUAGUUUUAAAGGGAUGGAAAAGAGCUACGGGCACCGGAAAACCAAAAGACCUGAAAGAACGGCCGUGGACUAAGAAUUCGGGGGAAGAUGUCGGAAGAAAGUCCUGCCGGAUGACCGCCUACGAAGACAACGGAAAUAUCUGCCCUAUGCGGCAUCCAGAUCACAAUAUCUUCUAGUGACUCGACAUUUUCUUUUCUUCAAUUACCGUCGCGAGCCGGCAAGCGUGGGAUCAAUAUUCAACGUGCGCCGUUGGCAUCGGUGACACGUAACGAGCUCGGAUAAUGCAUCAGGGAGCUCUGCUGCGACGCGACGGCAGUGCAGUGAAGACGAACGCCCACCAACGGCGCGUGCGGAGGAUCACCCUUUGGCAGCAGGCACCGCCAAGGAGCCCCCAUCCUUUACGAAGAGCUAACCGGCUUACGGUUGGGUUCUGCAACACAUCGAUGACAGCACACCAUGUUCAUCUCUCGCGCCCUUGUUGACGCUGUAGUCUUUUCCUCCCUCUUGUUUUUUUUUCCUCGCUGCAAACUUUUUUACCUCUAUAUUUUGUUGUGCUACCAUCCUGUUCAAUUACAUGAGCGAUAGAAGCUAUCGAAGCACCCAAUAAA